AAAUCACAUUUUAUUUUUAUAUACAAACAAAAAACAUUGCAAUACGUUAUGAGAUAUUUAUUAUGUUUGUGUGUGUUAUCACCGAUUGUCACCAUUUAGUUGAUCCCAAACACUUUAAACACGUAUAACUAAGACACACACACACACAUUGAUAACAAUGCAAAAUAAUGGCCAAAUGCGGUCACGACUACCGCUACCAAAGUCGACAUUCAAGGCUUGUUCGUCGUCGUCAUCGGCAUCUGUUUUGGUGUCCACUUCAUCGUCAGUACAUCCGCUAAGACCACAUCCCUAUGUAUGUACACCAAUGAGACCGACACUUAUGAAAUUGGAUCCGAUGGGAUCAGCUCUGCGACCGACGCUAAUGCAAUUGGAUCCGAUGGGAUCAGUUCCGCGACCUCUCACGACAACAACUCACACCCUAAACGAUUCACAACUGGAAGAAUAUAGACUUCGUUGUCAACAACUAGAGGCCGAAAACCAAAGACUUAAGACUACACUAAAUGAUGACAACAACAACAACAACAAACUUGUAGAUGAAUAUCGACAACAAAUUAGACAACUAGAGGAUCAAUUGGCACACCAGAAGACUGUGAAGGCAUCGCUGGAGGAGAAGACAUUGAAAGACAGCCAAAAGUCGAAAAUCACAUCAAAACCUGAUGACAAUGACAUCAAUAACUAUCGUAUCAUACAUUUGAAACAAAAUCCAUUGUCGAUGACAAUCGCUGAACGUAACGAAGAGUUCAGACGAUUGGUCGACGAAAAUGAAAGACUUGAACAACGAUUGCAACUGUUAGAGUCGGGAUCCGAUGCCGACAUUACUCGACAGAUAGACGAAGGUAUCAAAUAUAGUCAAGAGUUGGACAAACUGAAGAAACAGUUGACAAGCGCUGAGAAACGUCAGCAGAAUAUUAUCGAUGCGUUCAAGAAAACUAGUAAAGAGUUUCGUGAGGUUUGCUAUCGGCUGACGGGAUUCAAGAUCGAUAUGUUGAAACAAAAUAAAUACCGAUUGACACAUAUGUACGCCGACUCGCCCGAUGAUGAACUACUGUUCGAGUGCGAUACCGAUCGUACCAUUAAAAUCAUGGAAAAUCAAUACUCGGAUAAACUACAGGAAUCGGUUAAUACCUAUUUGACGGCUCACGACAGUUAUCCGGCAUUUUUGGCUUCACUGACACUCGACUUGUUUCAUAAACAAACUAUUGUUUGA